AUGGCUCCGCGCGUGUCGCCGCCGUUGCUGCUGCUGCCGCCGCUGCUGCUCUUCUGCUGCGGGGACGCUUCGGGGACGCCGGAGCUGCGCCGCCCGCCCGCCCGCAUCGAAGAAGCCACGCGGCUGCCUCUUGCAGGGGUGAUCGGGGCCGGCAUCGGGGGCACCUCGGCGGCGUAUUUCCUGCGCCAGAAGUUCGGCCCCGAGGUGCGGAUCGACGUCUUCGAGAGGGGAGAGGUGGGGGGCCGCCUGGCCACCGUCCGGCUGGAAGGCCGGGACUACGAGGCGGGCGGCGCCGUCCUGCACCCGCUCAACCUGCACAUGAAGCAGUUCGUCAAAGAACUGGGGCUUUCUGUUCCUCAGAGUCAAGAUGGACUCCUGGGCAUUUACAAUGGGGAGGAAUUUGUCUUUGAGGAGAGCAGCUGGUAUGUCUGGACUCUUCUGAAGCUCUUCUGGCGUUAUGGACUGAACCCCCUGCGAAGCUACAUGUGGGUGGAGGAAGUCCUGGAAAAGUUUAUGAGGGUCUAUCGGUACCAGUCCCGCGACUAUGCCUUCAGCAGCCCUGAGCACUUGCUCCAGGCCCUCGGAGGGGCCAGUUUUCUUCGCAUGCUGAACCAGACCAUCGAUGAGUCCCUACAAAAGGCCAGAUUUUCUCAGGCAUUCAUCAACGAGAUGGUAACUCCUAUCAUGCGAGUCAACUAUGGGCAAAGUGCCAGCAUUAACGGCUUCGUAGGAGCUGUAUCUUUGGCUGGAGCAAGUGGAGGACUUUGGUCGGUAGAGGGUGGUAAUAAAUUGGUGUGUACAGGCCUUCUGUAUGCUUCCAAAGCCCAGCUGAUUUCUGGUCCUGUUAUUUCCAUAGAAGAAAAAACAAGGCUGAAGGGUCGUUCAGGUGGUCUGACAAAGCAGUAUGAGGUUACCUACAACUCUACAUCUGGAGUAACAUCAGAUGCCUACGACAUCCUACUCAUCGCUACUCCCUUGCAACGCAAAAUCGCCAACAUAACUUUCCGCAACUUCAACCCACAGAUCCCCGAGUUCUCUGCUCCCUACCACCAGACGGUGGCAACAUUUGUCCGUGGGCACAUCAAUGCUUCUUUUUUUGGCUACCAGGAUCCUUCUCCGUUCCACCUGAAGACCAUUUUCACGAUGGAAGACCCUCAUCUGUUCAUCAACAGCCUUGGUGUGGUUUCUCCAGGUCAAGGCAACCUGAGCCCUCCUGUCUGGAAAGUGUUCUCCCGUCAGCUGCUGACCAACGAGCAACUGAAGCUGCUUUUCUCAUCCUAUGAUUUGGUGGAAGUACGGAAAUGGCUGGCCUACCCACACUACAGCCCCCCCGAGAAGUGCCCACCUUUCAUUCUCCACGACCACAUGUAUUACGUCAACGCCAUAGAAUGGGCAGCCAGCGCCAUGGAGAUGAGCGCCAUCUCUGCCAAAAAUGCGGCCCUCUUGGCUCACCAUCACUGGUACAAUAAGAUGAAUAUGAUUGAUCAAGAGGACUUGCACGAGAGACUCAAGACAGAGCUUUGAUUUGGCAUCCCAAGGAUUGGGGGGAGGCCUCAAAGGGUGUGGGAAACUUGCAACGUAUCUUGGGUGUUGGGUAUGAGUGCGCAAAAUGUCUGGACUUUGAAAUGCUCCAUUUGAAGCCCAAAAUGUUAUGCUUCAGAUGUCUUCCCUUGGCAGUAACUAGAGCCAUUUUAAGCUCAGAACAUUCCUACAAGGGCCAAAAUAUUUUUAGUGAGAUAAGAAAGCUUUUGAAAAUAUGUUUCAAGCUUGAAACAGUUUGCAACCAUCACUGUUGAACCUACUUUGCUACUCCAAGAAAACAGGCUUAAAGGGAAUUCUUGGCAAUAGCCUUUUAAAAACUACUGUAUCUUCUGGAUUUCUUUUGCAAAUCACAUUACUUGCUAUAAGUUGUUGGCUGACAACUCAGGUAUUUUACGUAGCAGUUUCCUAAAGCCACUGGAUAAAGUUGCCAAGAGACUUCAUGUACUUAGCCUGGCAGACAGCGACUCCAACAGCUCAUUAGUUUUGAUUAGAAGACAUUUUUACCAUUCUGGAAGCCAUUAGUUUGGGGAAUGAGAGAGAAUGGAUGUGCCCAAUUUGAAUCUCUGAAUUGGGCUGUUCAAAUAACUGAAGUUAUAAAAUCCGUAUUUUAUAAGCUUUUAGUAGUAUAGUUAUGCAAAUGAGGACUUGCAAGAGGAGAAUUCAGCUGAUCUGGCUGCAUUUACAGCACAUUGAAACUGAGGCAUCCGUUCCGAAUAAGCCCCUUCUCUUUUUUUAAGGAGAAGGAAAUUGGACAGGAUUGCUUUUGACAAACUCCAGAGAUAAGUAGUAGAUUCACCAAGUGUUGAGCCAUUUGGUUGUGAUGGGAAUCGACUGGCUUGUUGCCUGAGCCCCUUGCUGUGGGCAGAGGGACUGCCCCAAAGUCCCCCCAGCCGCUUUCGGGCCUAAGACAGGACUGGAACUCAGUCCCCUGGUUUCUGGCCUGGUGCCUUCACCACUAGACCAA